AUCCAAAAUUCUUGCUAGUGACAAUGCCAGUGGGUAGAUCAUGUAAAAACAUAGGUCCAUGUACAAUAUGUGGCAAACAUGGUCUUAAAGAAAGGUUUCGCAUAUUAACACCAAGUCUUUUGUCCAAAGCUAUGCAAAGCCUGGCUGCUCUAAAUUUGAAGGUUGAGCUUAAUUUAAAUGAUCAACUUUGUCAUAAACAUUAUACAGAGUUGGUGAAAAUGGAACUUUCUAAAUUAGAUGCUACUAUUCGAGCAUGCGAUGAAUCCUUGUUGUUCCGUGAUGGCUAUCGCCAUCUGGCUGCUAUUGAACCCCAACUCAUUCGAGAGCAUCAA